UGCUGGAGGAGCGAGACGAGGCUCUCAGUCUGUCUGCAGGGGGACAUCAGCCUUUAAUCCAUGUGUGAUAUUGACGGACUAUUACAGAUUAAUUAAUGAGCUGCUGACUGUGUCUGUGUAAACAUGAAGAUCAGGCUGUCUUUGGCUGCCGCUGCACUCUUUGCUAUAUUACUGAAUUCAGUAGAGGCUCAAGUGGAGCCUCCUUCAGACUUGAAUUUUAAAAUCUUAAAUGAAAACACAGUGCAUAUGUCAUGGAGGAGGCCUUCGUCUCAGAUACAGGGCUACAGAAUACAAGUCAUAUCAGAUGCAGAUGAUUUGAAAGAUUUCAGUCUUUCUGCCUCGGCCACAAACACAUCAAUCACGGAUUUAACUCCUGAUGUAGACUAUUCGGUGUCAAUCAGUUCAUAUAAUGGUGCGGAAGAAAGUAUCCCUAUACUUGGACAAAUAACAAUUCAGUCCAGCAACACAAGUGGAACAAGGAAGACACCAUCAGAGACUAUCAAGUGUUCAGUGAGUGCUGUCACGGAUCUGGUUUUCCUGGUGGAUGGCUCUUGGAGCGUGGGAAGAGAAAACUUUAAAUUCAUCCGGAGUUUCAUUGGGGCCAUGGCAGGAGCCUUUGACAUAGGAGAGGAUAAGACCAGAGUGGCUAUUGUACAGUACAGCUCAGAUACCAGGACAGAGUUCAACCUGAACCAAUAUUACAGGCGGCCUGAUGUCCUACGAGCCAUUAAAAAUCUGCCCUACAAGGGUGGUAAUACCAUGACAGGUGAUGCAAUGGACUAUCUGGUGAAAAACACCUUCACUGUGGCGGCUGGAGCCAGGAAAGGCUUUCCAAAAGUAGCCAUGAUCAUCACUGAUGGAAAAUCACAAGACCCAGUUGGGGAAUAUGCCGAACGGCUGAGAAACACUGGAGUAGAGAUCUUUGUCCUGGGUAUCAAAGGAGCAGAUGAGGAUGAGUUGAAGGAGAUGGCCUCCACUCCCCACAGCAAGCAUAUCUAUAAUGUCCCAAACUUUGACAUGAUAAGUCAGGUGCAGAAGGAGCUCAUCACUCAGGUGUGCUCUGGUGUGGAGGAGCAGCUAAAUUUCCUUGCAAGCGGACAGGAAGAUGUUGAACCAGCUUCGGACCUCAGAGUAACUGACAUCUCCUCCAAAUCUAUGAGAAUUACGUGGGAUUCGUCUCCUGGUGACAUCACAGGCUAUAAGCUGCAGGUCUUCCCCAUGAUUGCUGCCGCUAAGAAGCAGGAGCUCUACAUAGGGCCCACAUUCACCGUGGCCAACGUCAGAGACCUGUCUCCUGAGACAGAGUAUGAGAUCAGUCUGUUUGCCCUCAAAGGUCUGACCCCUAGUAAGCCACAAGUUGUCAACGAGAAAACCCAGCCUGUGAAGGUGUCUACAGAGUGCUCCCUAGAGGUCGAGGUCCAAGCUGAUAUUGUCCUCCUGGUCGAUGGCUCGUACAGUAUAGGACUGGCUAACUUUGCUAAAGUUAGAGCCUUCCUUGAAGAGCUCGUCAAAUCUUUUGACAUCGGACUCGACAAAGUGCAGAUCAGCUUGGUUCAGUACAGUCGGGAUCCUCACACUGAGUUUGCCCUGAACAAGCACGAUGACAAUGCAGCUGUGCUCAAUGCAGUCCGCACCUUCCCCUACCGUGGAGGCUCCACCAACACUGGCAAGGCCAUGACCUACGUAAGGGAAAAGAUCUUCAUUCCAGCCCGUGGCGCUCGUGAUAACGUGCCCCGAGUCAUGGUGCUCAUCACAGACGGCAAGUCCUCAGAUUCUUUCAAAAACCCUGCCAACAAACUAAGGGAUGCAGACGUGGAGAUUUUCGCUGUGGGAGUCAAGGACGCCGUGCGCUCCGAGCUGGAGGCGAUUGCCAACGCACCUGCUGAUAACCAUGUGUUUGAGGUGGAAGACUUUGAUUCUUUUCAGCGGAUCUCCAAGGAACUAACCACAUCCAUCUGCCUAAGAAUUGAGCAGGAGCUCCAUAACAUCAAGAAAAGAAGUUUGGUUCCACCAAAGUCGCUAAGCUUCUCUGAGGUCUCCUCCAGAAGCUUCAGGACCUCAUGGACUUCUGAUGGAGAGGAUGUCCUGUCUUUUCUGGUGCGUUUCAGGCCAGCGGCUGACAUAACUGGAGACUACAUCUCUUUGGUGGUUCCUCCUGACACCACCACUACGAUUUUGCCCAAUCUCACAUCCCUGACCACUUACGAGGUUAAUGUCAUUGCCCAGUAUGAUAAAGGAGACAGUUUUCCUUUGACAGGCGAGGAGACGACUUUAGAAGAAUUAGGCUCUGUCCGUAACCUCAUGGUGAGUGAAGAAACUGUAGACAGCUUCCGCGUGUCGUGGAAAGCCGCUCCUGGAGCAGUGCUGAGGUACAGACUGUUGUAUGAGCCAGUGGGUGGAGGAGAUAAACUGGAAGCAGAGACUGAUGGGAGUCAGGUCACCACUGUGCUCCACGAACUGCUGCCCGUCACCACUUACCGUGUCACAGUGUACCCCGAGUAUGCAAGUGGAAUGGGUCCCUCCAUGGACACCGAGGGCACCACCAAAGAAGUCUGGGGCUCUCCACGUGACCUGCGGGUCUUUAACGAGACCGUGUCCAGCAUGAAGGUCUCAUGGCAGGCAGCUCCAGGCAACGUGCUUCAAUAUCAUGUGGCCUACAAACCUGAUGGUGGGGAAAGGAAAGAAAUGUUUGUUAAAGGAGACACAACAACUGCUUUGCUGAAAAAUUUGUCGCCGGACACCGAGUAUGAGCUCUUCGUUAGUGCCCGUUACACCUCUGGCCUCGGAGCGCCACUUAUGGGAACAGGCACCACUCUGGAAGAACUCGGUUCACCUACGAAUCUGGUUACUUCGGAUGUCACUGAGAACAGUUUUGUAGCAUCCUGGACUGCCGCCCCUGGCAACGUCCGCCUUUAUCGGGUCACCUGGAAAUCCCUCUUUUCGGAGGAAGCUGGCGAGAAAACCGUCCCCGGGGACAUAACCACCACUGUUCUGGAUGGACUGACACCGGAGACCCGCUACAAGGUUUCUGUCUACGCUGCCUACAGCAGUAAGGAGGGGGAGCCGCUGCAUGGAGAGGAGACCACAGAUGUGUCCGCCGCUGCCAGAGUUCUUACGGUUUCAGAAGAAACAGAUAGGACCAUGCGAGUGACAUGGCAACCAGCACCCGGCAAUGUUGUCAAUUAUAGGGUAUCGUAUAAACCUCAGGGUGAGACACGCCAGUUGGCCUCCAAAGCACCAGGGGGCACUAACACUUUAGUCCUGAGACGACUGCAGCCACAAACCACUUACGAUAUCACAGUGGUUCCCGUCUACAAGUUUGGUGAUGGAAGACAAAGACAAGGAGAAGGAACCACGUUGUCUCAAUAUAAAGCUCCCAGAAACCUGCAAACUUCAGAGCCCACUAAAACCAGUUUCAGGGUGACCUGGGAUCAUGCUCCUGGGGAUGUGAAGGGCUACAAGGUCACCUUCCAUCCCACUGGGGUGGAUAUGGACCUGGGAGAGUUGCUAGUAGGCCCCUAUGACAACACAGUGGUUCUGGAGGAGCUAAGGGCCGGCACUAAGUAUACAGUGAGUGUGUUUGGUAUGUUUGAUGGAGGAGAGAGUAUGCCACUGGCUGGAGAGGAGAAGACCACCCUCUCUGAUGCCCCUGAACCUCCAACCUUUGAAACUUCAGAUAUAAUGUGCAAAACCACAGCCCAGGCUGAUAUUGUCCUUCUUGUUGAUGGAUCUUGGAGCAUUGGUCGUCUGAACUUCAAGACCAUUAGGUCUUUCAUUGGUCGCAUGGUGGGUGCCUUUGACAUCGGGCCGGAUCGUGUCCAGAUUGGUCUGGCACAGUACAGUGGAGACCCAAAGACUGAGUGGCACCUAAACUCUCACAGAACCAGAAAAGAGCUGCUGGAUGCCGUGGCCAGUCUACCCUACAAAGGAGGAAACACUAUGACUGGUCUUGCUUUGAACUACAUCCUUCAGAGCAAUUUCAAGAAGAAUGUUGGAAUGCGUCCGAACUCUCGGAAGAUCGGCGUCCUAGUUACUGAUGGCAAGUCUCAGGAUGACAUCACGGUCAACUCUCAGAACCUACGUGACCAGGGCAUUGAGCUGUAUGCCAUUGGUGUGAAGAACGCAGAUGAGAAUGAGCUGAGAUCCAUUGCUUCAGAUCCCGAUGACAUCCACAUGUACAACGUGGCUGACUUCUCCUUCCUGCUGGACAUCGUGGACGACCUGACAAACAACCUGUGUAACAGUGUCAAGGGUCCAGGAGGAGGCCCCGAGCCACCCACUGAUCUAACGACCUCAGAAGUGACCCAUUACUCCUUCCGUGCCACCUGGGUUGGCCCCGAUGGACCCGUGGAGAAGUACAGAAUAGAGUAUGCGAGCACUGCAGGAGGAGAACCACAAAAGUUGAUUGUCGAUGGGACGGUGACGACUGUGGUCUUGGAGAAUCUCACUCCUCUGACGGAGUACAUCGUGAAGGUUCACUCAGUGGUGGGAGAGGACAGCAGCGACCCCCUCAAAGGCUCGGAGACGACAUUGCCUCUCAGCGCUGUGAGGAACAUGAACAUCUACAAAGUGCGCUCCACCACCAUGAAUGUGAGAUGGGAUGCGGUCGAAGGGGCCACAGGCUACAAGCUUCUCUACGACGGCCUUAAUGCCACUGAACCCUCUGUGGAACAGGAGAUACGUGUGAAAGGAACAGUUACUGACGUCCAGCUGAAGAAGCUUCGUCCCAACACGGCCUACAGCGUGUCCGUCUUCAGCCUGUUCGGCGAUUACGCCAGUGACCCCCUCUCUGAUCAGGGGGUGACCCUGUCUAUUCCUCCAUCCGGUGAGUUGAGUAUCACAGACGUUACCCACAGCACCAUGCAGCUGGACUGGGAUGCUGCGCCCGGCGCUGUUCGUAAAUACAUCAUCACUUACAAGCCAGAGGAUGGAGAGGCGAAAGAGCUUGAAGUUGACGGAGAUGUAACAUCUAGAGGACUGGAUGAUCUCAUUUCCCAAACGGAAUAUGAUGUGGCUGUGACUCCUGUGUAUGAUUCUGGGACCGGAAACCCAAUGCUUAACCAAGCCAUCACAGACGUUGUCCCUGCUCCGAAGAACCUGAGGUUCUCUCAAGUGACCCAGACCAGUUUCAGGGCUCACUGGGAGCAUGGCGCUCCUGAUGUCUCCCUCUAUCGCGUCGGCUGGACCAAGAGUGGAGAGAACAACUUUCAAUAUGAUAUCCUGAGCAGCGAGGACACCACUCUCCUUCUGGAGAACCUGGAGCUAGACACUCUCUAUGAUGUUUCUGUCACUGCCAUUUACCCCGAUGAGUCUGAGAGCGAAGAUCUUCUGGGCAGCCAACGCACAUUGUCCAAGGUUAUUACACCCGCUCCUAGUGGACCUCCUCAGAACCUCCAGGUGUUCAAUGCGACUACCAGCUCCCUCACCACCAAAUGGGAUCACGCUCCUGGAAAAGUGCAGAACUACAGGAUCGCCUACGUACCGGUUGCAGGAGGAAGAUCACAAUCUACACAGGUUGGAGGGAAGAAAAACACAGUUAUUCUGCAGAAACUGACUCCAGACACUCCCUACUACAUCACGGUUGCUGCAAUCUAUGCGAAUGGAGAUGCCAAAGACAUUUCUGGCCAAGGAAAGACAUUACCGCUGGGCAGUGUGAGAAACCUUCAGGUCACGGACCCCACGGUCAGCACUCUGAAUGUGCGCUGGGAGCCGGCUGAGGGGAGCGUACGUCAAUACAGGAUUUACUACCAGACCGUCACAGGGGGCGCAGAAGACAUGAUCCAAGUUCCUGGAAGCACCACCAGUACUGUUCUGAAGAACCUGCAGUCUGAUACUGAGUACACAGUAACAGUGGUGCCAGUAUACGCUCCUGGAGAGGGCAAGCGCAUGUCGGAGAACGGAAAAACCUUGGUGCGGACCCCUGCCAAGAACAUCCGGGUUUACAACCCCACCACAAACACCCUGAACGUGCGCUGGGAGCCGGCCUCUGGAGAUGUGCUGCAGUACCGCGUCGCCUACACCCCCCUCUCUGGAACCCGUUCCGCUCAAUCUGUGCUCGUUCCAGGGAACACCCACACUGCCUUGCUGCAGCAGCUCGAUUCAGACACAGGCUACGCUGUGAGUGUGGUGGCUCUGUAUGCUGACGGCGAGGGCUCCUCUGUGUCAGAUAAUGGAAAAACACUGCCCCGCGGCGGCCCCAGGAACCUGCGUGUGUAUGAUCCGACCACCAGCACACUGUCUGUCAGCUGGGAGCAUGCAGAAGGACCCGUGCUGCAGUACCGCAUUGGCUAUGCACCCACCACUGGAGAUCCCAUUGAGGAGUUUACAAGUGUCCCUGGCAACAGAAACUCUGUCAUCUUGCAAAACCUGCAGCCAGACACUCCUUACAACAUCAACGUAGAGGCCAUUUAUCAAGAUGGGCCUGGAGGACGUCUCUCUGGAGAUGGAAAAACAUCCGCCACCUCUUACAGGCUAAAACUCAAUCCUUUCAAUCCGGCUAACCGUGGGGCUCAGGAGGUCACUAUCACUGCUGCUGAGAGCCAGUACUGUUUUGACGGGCUGACCCCAGAUGCGCUGUACAACGCCACAGUCUACACACAGACCCCGAACCAGGAGGGGCCCGGAGUCAGUGUCAAAGAGCGCACAUUGGUGAAGCCCACUGUACCGCCAACACCACCUCCAACUCCUCCACCACCACCCACCAUCCCCGCCGCACUCGAGGUGUGCAGAGGAGCCAAGGCUGACCUGGUGUUCCUGAUCGACGGCUCGUGGAGUAUUGGAGAUGAGAGCUUCAUUAAAGUCCGUCAGUUUGUCUUCAGCAUGAUCGGAGCGUUUGACGUCAUCAGCCGUAAUGGCAUGCAGGUGUCUUUUGUGCAGUACAGUGAUGGUGCUAAAACAGAGUUCAAACUGAACACCUACCACGACAAGGGAAUGGUGCUGUCUGCUCUUCAGAUGGUCAAAUACAGAGGAGGAAACACCAAAACGGGUGCUGCGCUGAAGCAUAUCGGAGAGAACGUGUUCACAUCAGACAAUGGAAUGAGGAGAACCGUUCCCAAGGUUCUGGUUGUAGUAACUGACGGUCGUUCUCAAGAUGAAGUGAAGAAGAGUGCUGCUAAACUACAGCAUGCAGGCUACAGUGUGUUUGUGGUGGGUGUCGCAGACGUAGACACCGCUGAACUGAGGAACAUUGGAAGCAAGCCCAGCGAGAGACAUGUCUUCAUCGUUGAUGACUUUGACGCAUUUACUAAAAUCCAAGACAACCUCAUUACGUUCAUCUGUGAAACGGCAACAUCCACUUGUCCUUUGAUUUACCUCGACGGAUUCACCUCACCAGGCUUCAGGAUGCUGGAAGCUUUUAACAUCACUGACAAGAUGUUUGCUGGCAUGAAUGGCGUCUCCAUGGAACCUGGCUCCUUCAACAGUUACAUUGCAUACAGACUCCAUAAGGAUGCAUUCAUUUCCCAGCCCACAAAGGAAAUCCAUCCAGAUGGUCUUCCUCCCUCCUACACUCUGAUUCUCCUCUUCCGUCUUCUCCCCGACACCGGCAAGGAUGCGUUUGAUAUAUGGCAGAUAUCAGAUAAGAACAACAACCCUGAGGUCGGGCUCACCAUUGACCCCUCCAGUAGAAGCAUCUCAUUCUACAAUAAGGACUCCAGAGGUGAAAAUCAGAAAGUCUCCUUUGAUAACGACCAAGUGAAGAAAGUUUUCCAUGGCAGUUUCCACAAGCUUCACAUUUCUGUUUCACUGAAAAAUGUCAAACUCAACAUUGACUGCCAAGAGGUGGCUGAGAAAGAGAUCAAAGAGGCCAACAACAUAUCCACAGAUGGCUAUGAAGUCCUUGGAAAAAUGGUAAAGUCUGGUGGUUCAAGGAAGCAGUCUGCCACAUUCCAGCUCCAGAUGUUUGAUAUUGUCUGCAGUUUGGGCUGGACAAGUCGAGACAAAUGUUGUGAUAUUCCAGCAAUGAGAAAUGAAGCCAAAUGUCCCGCUCUUCCUCACUCCUGCACAUGUGCUCAGGACAGCGUUGGUCCUCCAGGUCCCGCGGGCCCUCCGGGCAGCCCUGGUACAAAAGGCCCACGAGGUGAGAGAGGAGAGUCUGGCCCCACGGGUUCAAUGGGCCCACGUGGGGAGCAGGGUCAACCAGGACAAAUGGGACCACCAGGCCCACAGGGCCCUAAUGGAUUGUCUAUUCCUGGUGAACCAGGGCGGCCUGGACCUAAGGGAGACCCCGGUGACCCAGGUUUACCUGGACAGCGGGGCUCGACUGGCGCUCCAGGUCCGCUCGGCCCUGUUGGACCUUCUGGAGCAAGGGGUCCACCAGGAAAUGAAGGCCCGUCUGGACCAAGAGGUCCAUCGGGACCAAUGGGACCACCAGGCUCACCUGGAAUGCCAGGAAUUACAGGAAAACCAGGAAAACCUGGAGACACUGGCUUCCCGGGACCUGUUGGCAUGAAAGGAGAGAAGGGUGAAAGGGGAGACACUGCGUCACAGAAUAUGAUGCGCUCUGUAGCAAGACAAGUCUGUGAACAAUUAGUCAGCAGACAAAUGAGCAGAAUCGAUAUGAUGUUGAACCAGAUCCCCAGUAACUACAGGAGUAAUAGUCCUGGACCUUCUGGACCUCCAGGCCCACCUGGCAACCAGGGACCCCAUGGAGAGCCAGGUCAGCCCGGACCCAACGGGUUCCCAGGAAAUCCAGGUUUGCCUGGGCCUCCAGGAGAAAGAGGAUUGCCUGGAGAGAAGGGUGAAAGAGGAAGUCCAGGCAUUGGCACUCGAGGACAGAGAGGAUUACCUGGACCUCCGGGGCCACCAGGGCAGUCUCAGAUAGGACCCCCUGGCCCCACAGGCACAGCGGGGCCCCGUGGCCCACCAGGGCGGCAGGGUGGACCCGGAGUCAGAGGACCACCUGGACCUCCAGGAUACUGUGACUCCUCUCAGUGUGUAGGCAUCCCUUACAAUGGACAGGGUUACCCAGGCCCCUACCAGCCAGAACCUGACACCUACGUAGUGCCCAUACCAGCCCAGCCGUCGGAAGAUAUCGAGACACAGUCACCAGGUUUACGAAACCAGCGUGGAAAAAGAUCGCUAUCAAGAAAGGAAGCUAAAAGUAUAGAAACAUAGAGUGAAAGUGUAUCUUGUGUACUGUCAAAAACUGCAUUUAAGUCCAGAUCAAGCCUCGUUCAUAUGCACAUUUAACAAAGUCAAGUGGAGAGGCUUGUAAGAAACCUGUGUGCUUGCCGAUGGUUCCACAAUGUGUCUUUGCUUGUAACAUAACUGCAUUUUGUAUUUGUAAGAAACUCAUGUUUAGCACUAUGUCCUAUAAACACUACGAACUGAUUCCCUGCACAUUUGAAAGUUUGCGAAGUGUAAACGUGCUCGUUGCAGUGCAAUGUGUUGUUCUUUCUCUCUCAAGGAAAAUGGCAAACGGUUCAACUUCUCUUCAUUUUUAGACCUGGCUUUUGUUUUGUUAUCCUAAACUGAAUAUUUAUCUGUUGUAUACCAACUCACACCAAAAGAUGAAUUGCAUGCCUGUGUUGUAUAUUUAGUAAGGACGUUUACAAUCAGAAUAUAGUUGUUUUUCCAGUGAUAUCAGUUGAAAUGCAGUUGGAAUUUGUUGCAAGUCAAUGGACAUAAAAUAAUUUUUUUCAUGUCUGAAUUGCACAUUGUGAAUUCCACAGCCUUAUGUUUUUAUUUAUUUCUGAAUCAGAA